CCAAUCGUAACUUUCAGAUUUUAUUUUAUGAAAAUAUCUUACAUUAAAAUAACAGAAAUGACGGACUUGUCGAAAUUUUGAUUUCAGUACUUACUUGGUGUGUGCGUUCCCAGCUUGCCAUCUAAGUAGAAAACAUGUGAGAUAUAUUAAAAAAUUUAAACAAAAGUGUCGGUCAAAAAGCAAGUUUCCCCCUUGACAUUAUGUUUCAGUCGGACAAGCGGGUUGAUCUGAAAAUUAUAAAAUGGAGAGAAAAAUUUCAGCCCACUUAGAAUUGCAAGAAAAUGAGGAACAUGAUAUUAAAAAAGAAAAUUUACCUGCAGGAGAAGCAUUAACAUUUUCCCCCUGUAACGUGAUUUCCUGUUUUUACGAAUAUCCAUUGAAAAUUAUUUUACCAUCUUCUGUUUCCGAUGUUUGCUGUCAGUGGUGCUAUCCUAUUACAUUUGGAGGAGGCUUGGUUGAAGGAGACAAUGUGAAUAUAUCGGUUAAGCUAGGAGAAAAAUGCUGUUUGUUGAUGACUACUUUGUCUUUUCCAAAGGUUUAUUGUUGUGAAAAUGGUCUUGAUAGUCAGCACCAUACUACAUACUUCAUUUCUGAAAAUUCCUUGCUUUGUGUGCUUCCAGAUCCUUUAGUGUGUUUUGCAAAAGCUUCUUAUGUUCAAACAGAAACAUUCCACCUUGAGAGUAGUUCCAAUUUGGUUGUUUUGAAUUGGUACACAUCUGGAAGAUAUGCCAGAGGAGAACAGUGGGAUUUUUCAAAACUGAAAAGUGUUUCGUCUAUAUACAUAAAUGGGAAACUCAAAUUUAAGGAAGCAUUGAAUAUGAGAAGUGUACCUACCUUGAGCAUUAAAACAGCUAUGAAAUCAUACAAUAUUUUUGGCACCUGUUUUGUUAUCGGAUCAUACCUGAACACCAUGAGCAGAAAUCUCUUGGAAGAUUUGGGAAAAUAUAGUGGUUAUGGUGAAAAAAGAGAUCCUUCUACAAUAUUUGCAAUUAGUCCAUUAUACAUUGAUGAUAAUAUAUUAACUGGAUGCCUGAUUCGUUUUGUUUCAGAGUCAGUUGAAAAUACUAUGAAGAGAAUUGAAACAAUGUUAGAGCCUUUGUACUCAACUCUUGGAGGAAAUCCUUUUGAAAACAAAUGAAUGUUUUUUACAAUUUCAUAUAUAGCUGGUUUUAUAUUUUGUCAUAAUGCAAGUAUCUAGUCAUGUGCCUUGUUAUUCCUACAUUUUCAUUUAACUCAUCAUUAUUUAUAAUUUUGUAACUGUUAUCCUAAUUGCAGGGGUCGAAGUAGUCCUAUAUAUCCUAUAUUUUCUAUAUUUUCAAGAAAAGCAUCAAAAUUGUUCUAUAUUUCCUAUAUUUUUGAAAAAUGUCCUAUAUUUCCUAUAUUCCCGUUUUUUGUUGUUGUUGAACCAGGAGGACAUUAAUUCUACAAAUUUUGGUGCAUGGUGCACUAAAGGAAAAGAUGAUUUUACCGCUUUUUGCCAUUUUUGCAACUGUUCAGUACCUAUAAGCAAUAGUGGAUUCUCGCAAUUGAGGCAGCAUGCUAAAACAUUCAAGCAUAAAGAAGACUCUGAAAAACGUCAAGAGGAUCCUUCUCAAGCUGUUUGUUCUUAAUACAAGUGUUGAAGGGUUCAGUUUAGAUAUAAAAUCAAAGAACAGUGGAAUUAGUACUUAGGUCAUGAGUGAGGAAGAAAAAAUAAAAACUUUCUUUGUUCAAAUUUUGUUUAAUUAUUUCGUCUAUAAAGUACACUGUUUUUUUUUUUUCAAAAAUUAUUCUUUCAACUAACAGGAAAGUCAUUUCAGAUGUAAGGAAUAAUUUUAUUUGAGGUUUUUUUUUUUAAACAAAAUCAUUGCUAAGAAUAAAUAAAUAAUAUAUGAUUUGUAUUUUCUUUUUUCAUAGCAAAAUUAUUCAUAUAAUGUGUCCUAUAUUUGUCCUAUAUUUUUUGCGAAAAUGUCCUAUAUGUGACAAGUCGGUCACUUCUACCUCUGUAAUUGGUUUUAUAUAUAUUUACUCAAAUAUGUAAGUUAUGCACAAUAAACAAUUUAACUGAAAUGGUUUUCAUAAAUUCAGUUACGAAUGCUUUUGUAAAAUAAAUAAA